GUCAAGAACAGCUCUUAACUCUUUAUUAAUUAAAUGACGAGAGGUGGCAAGUCGAAGGAUUAGUAUUCAAAAUACCCCAGUCACCUGCUAAGAAAACGCAUCUGAGAGUACAAAUGGACUGCUUCAUGUUUCUCCUGGUGAUGUGCUCCCUGUGCAAGUCGGGUCAGCUGCUUGCAACUGAAAGUUCUGAAGAUGACUAUCAGGAACAUCUGAACCAUUAUGGGGAACAUCCUGCAACAAUCGCCAUGGCCCAGUACAAGUGCUUCCAGCGGAUGGUGAGAGGAGACAAUCACCGCAAAUCCCAAACAAUGGGACCAAUGUGCAACAUGACAUGGGAUGGUUGGUUGUGCUGGGAUGAAACCGAAGCAGGACUCUUAACAGAGCAGAGCUGCCCAGACUAUUAUAAAGACUUUGACCCUCAUGCGCUAGCAUCCAAAGUCUGUACGGAAACAGGCAAUUGGUGGCGUCACCCAGAGAGCAACCGGACAUGGACAAACUUUACCAACUGCCAAGCCAAUACAACACAUCAUGGCACGGUGGCAAUGACUCAUUUCUAUCUGGUCAUGAUUGGUCACGGGCUGUCAAUGGUCUCAUUGAUCAUAUCACUGGGAAUAUUCUUCCAUUUUAAGAGUCUGAGCUGCCAGAGGAUCACACUACACAAGAACCUCUUUGUGUCAUUCGUUCUGAACUCUGUCAUCACUGUUGUGUGGCUGACAAAGGUGGCCAAGAAACAAGGGUAUACGUACAACGACUCAGCGAGCUGCAAGCUGCUCAUGUUCAUCCACCUCUACCUGUUGAGCUGCAACUACUUCUGGAUGCUGUGUGAGGGCAUCUACCUGCACACUCUGAUUGUGGUGGCCGUGUUUGCAGAGAAACAGCAUCUCAUGUGGUAUUAUCUGCUUGGCUGGGGUUUCCCCCUGGUGCCAGCACUGUUGCAUUCCAUAGCACGCCACUGCUACUAUAAUGACAAGUGCUGGGUUAGCUCGGAUACAUCCCUACUGUACAUCAUCCAUGGGCCGAUCUGCGCUGCAUUGGUGGUGAACCUCUUUUUCCUUUUGAACAUUGUGCGGGUUCUCAUCACUAAACUGAGAGUUACACACCAGGCUGAGUCCAGCCUGUACAUGCGGGCGGUGAGGGCCACACUCAUCCUCAUUCCGCUGCUCGGCAUUCAGUUUGUGCUGCUGCCUUACAAGCCUCAGGAGCACUGGGUCUCUGAGAUAUAUCUCUACGUCAUGGAGAUCCUCAUGCACUAUCAGGGUCUCCUUGUGUCCACCAUAUUCUGCUUCUUUAAUGGGGAGGUUCAGAGCGUUCUGCGGAGACACUGGAAUCAGCAGCAGAUGCAGUUUGCCGGCACAUUUGUCAACGCCGACCUCUUCCGCUCGGCCUCCUACGUGGCGUCAUCGCUCACCGAGGUCCACCGUUGCUACAGCAUCGAAAGUCACACCGAGCAGACUAACGGAAAAACCUAUUCGGACAUAUUCCGAUCUGACAGCCCAUUUGUGUGACAAGGACUUUACGCUCAGAAGGCAUUCAGAUUCUUGAAGAGGAUUCAAGGAAGUGAGAUUUUUCAUCUUUUUACAACUUUUUUGUUGAGUGGGCCAUUUUCUAUGAAUAGAAAAUGGCCCACUCAACGAGAGGUCUUUCUCACAUCCAGGGGAUUUAACAACAACAAUGACAACAACACCACCAACAACAAUGUAUUUUCAGGCAUUUUAAAGACCCAAUGAAGCUGCUCAGCCUAGAGUCAGUUUUCAACAAGACUAGCUGAUAUACACUACUCAUAAAAAUUUAAGGGUAUUAGUCUUUCGGUUGAAAUUUCAGGAUGAACCUAAAAUGCGCUAUAACCUUUCCAGGUUAACUUAAUUUCACCUUCUCUAAACUUUUGAAUGAGCAUGUGCUGCCUAUGUUAAUUUUGCUGCUUGUUCAAGAACAGCAAGUUGUGCAGAAAGCACUGUAACAUUGAACAUUUGCACGUGUGCGUUGAAAGGUUCACCUGCAGUGCAUUUUAAGUCCAUCCUGAAAUAUCUAUCCCAAAUAUCCCUAACUUUUUUGUGAGUAGUGUACAUAUUUGUCAAAGCAUGUGGCGUUGUAGUCACUUUUUUUUUUGACAUUUUCUUCUGCUAUCUAAUUUUUUAGUGUGGCACGUUUUGUCUCUGUUUAUUAUUAUUAUUAUUAUUAUUAUUAUUAUUAUUAUUAUUAUUUAUAAUUCCGUCAAUGCGCCACAAUUAAUGAGGUUCAUAUUUUUCUUAUUCCAAAAUGCUGGAGAAGAGAUAAUGAAGUAAUGAAUAUCGUAUUGUAUAUAAAUGAAAUACUUUAUCUUGACUAUUUUUAUAGUGUGUAUUAAAAGUUGUUGUUAUGGUGCCUUGCUUCUCAUGUAGGUAACAUUGCUUUGUCAUAAGCAUUAACAUUGUAUAGACUUACAAAAUUAUAUUGUUGCUGUAAAUAAA